GUCUUAUUGUUUUGGUUUCGGAAGAUCGGUCCAAACAAAGGAUUGGAACACUCUUGGAUCAAAAUCAGCCAUAGCAUCGUCCCAUCGAUUUUGUUGGAUGUAUUUGAUAUUGCUGUCGGAAAAUUUUGACGUGCAAUAAUAUUCGAUAUGGGCGUGCAAAGCAUCUAGCGAGUGGCAUCGGGUACGGCUUCCUCUGCCGUUGCACGUAGGCAUAGAAUCAAUCAUAUCAUAUACAGCCUCGGUUACACUCAUAGGAAACUUUACAAUGCUCACAACGUGUUCCCGGAAGAAAAGCGUCGCUCCUGCUUUGAGAUGUGACGUCUUCCCCUCUUCUCCUUUGAGAAGUGCCAUGAAUUCGCCCAGGUGAGUUGGGUCAGCUAUAUUCCCACCUGCUACCCCGGCAAACUUGUGUUGGUAAAGCAAUUUCUCGUCAACUAAAUAAUCAUGAACAUCCGAGGGUAUAAUGAGAGAUGCACCACCGAGACCACACUUCCUUCGUAUCGCUUGCAACAGUGGCACGCAUUCCUUGUCGAUGACCGACUGGAUUUGGGCGUCUUUGACCCCUCCGUGUGUUUCCAUGUGUUUCGAAACAACACAUGCAGAAAUGACAGUACAUCCAUUGGUCGAACCGGCGACACGGCCUUGAUACGUUCGGAGGGGAGAAACCUGGAUUUUCCCUUCCUGCUGGUACUGCCGAUGCGUGCCAACGAUUUGUGAAAUUCGUUGCUGAAUUGGUAGCUGCCUUUUGGGCCUCUCUUUUUUUGGUUUAGUGAUAGCAGAAUCGUAAGACGGUGCAGAAGGGUCAUGCCUUUCCUGCGUUGAUAUUGUAUUGUCCAUGGAAGGCCCGAAAUACGACGACUGUUCGAGAACCGAGUUGUAAUUGGGUGGAGAAAUGCUUUCCUGUUUUUUGCCACCAUUCGAGGGUGGAAGCAAAGGUGGCGGAAGAUCUCCCCCCACGUCCAAGCGAAUCUGUGACAGCAACUGCCCAUCGGGCUCGGCUGGUGGAUGCGUAUUUGUCCGUUUGUUGCGUUGUUGCGUGGCUUCGUUUGGCUUCGGCUGCUGUUGUGUAGCCCCUGGUUGUUUGAGCCUUUGUAACUUGGCUAGGGCACUUUCUUCUACCUUUUCUAUAGACUCAUUGACAGUAGAUCGUUUCAGAUUCUCGAUUCUUUUCUGCAAGUCGUUCAUUCUUUUCUGCUCAAGCUCUCGUUGCUUCCUUUCCCGUUCUGCCUUCUGCCUUCGAAUGAUUGCCAUUCGUUUCUUCUCAUUUUCGAGCUCUUCUGCAUCCAUCCAAUCCGAAACAAGCUCCAAUUUCUUCAACACAUCGUCCACCCGCUUGUUUGCCUGGUUCCUACGGGCUUCGGAAUUUUGGGAACGGUAGUAGUCGUGUUUGCUGAUUCCCUUUACGUAAAACGUGCAGUAUCUCCUCCCGUAAACGUACGCAUUGUCGAGCUGUCGAUUGUUGAAGACCAUCUCAAAUGAUUCAAAGACUUUGUCGGAGGCCUCGUAAUAUCGCUCGAUUGGAAAGAAAUUGCUCACGGUUGGAACACCAUCCCCCGCAUCACGGAGAAGUUUCCGACGAUUGUAACCUGGAAGACUUUCAUCUGGACCGUUUCUGUGGUCUAACAUUGUUGUUCUUUGGAAACCUGUGACAUCCAAGAAAGGGGGAAGCGAACGAUCUUAGGUAUUGGAAACGAGUUUCUGCUGUCUGUUUGUUUCUCCUUUAUGUCUUCGAUGCACAAGUCUGAGGAAUGAUGGAUGCUGUCAAAAACAACUAAUAGUGCUAGUUGUAGCAACACAGUUGGUACUCGAAAGUAUUGUUUUUUGACUUGUGUCUCGAGUCUCGAUCGAAUUGUUUCCAAUUUAGUGUUACUGUUAUGUUUUCGUGCCAAACGAGCAUGGCGGGUGCGAACGCCUCACAGAUGACACUGCAGAUGUUGUACCGUACGAGUACCGUACGGUAUGGUGCGCUACAGUCCAAGUCCCCUUAGAUACGACUUACGGCAGUUCUUGCCGUUGAUUCUUUACGUUUUUCGGUACGUAUGUACUACCAGUACUGGUACUCGUUACCAAUGUUCUCUAUCUGUCAGAGUUUCUCUCAAGUCGUGGAGAAUUCAUCCCGUUGCACUAGGGAUUCCCAUUUCCCCUUUUGACCAGUUGAAAGGGUUGAAAUUUUUGAAGUAAUUUUCGUUCAUGUAAGACUACGUACGUUUCCGUACUGAAAACCACUCAUGACUGAAAAAAAUUCUACUACGGUACGCCAGCACCUGUUCGGCAAGUACUACUGGUACGUACAAUAUUCUUACUCGUACCAGCUAUCCAGGGUUUGAUGUCCUACGUAUUACGUUACGUACGAGUACAAUACGUACUCGUACAUUGUGAACUAUGAUCAUGACAGAUUUUUGUUCUCGAGUUCCGCCGUAAUUUGAUUCCAGUGUCGUCAAAUCCACCAUUAAAUUGACAUCUCUGAUAAUUUGCCACAGCACCGAAGGCAUCGAGAGAGAUUUUUGGUUGGAGAACUUGGACGAGACUAGCCCAGCCAGAAAUAUGUUUUCGUGCGUUCGUUGCAGAGGGUCAGCGAACGUUGCAGCGUGGAUUUGUAACACGAAAAAUGUAGUGACAACUAGAGUCGCAACGACGAAGAUGGCGAUGUCCGUGGUGCCAGCAGUAUCAGCAUCUUCCCAUCACUUUCUACGCCUGCAUGGUCGACAGUCUUGUCAAUGGUAUUCCUCUAACAUUUCGAGAGCAGAAACCAACUUCGUGGUUUCGAUUCUCGGGCCACCGAAUGCAGGCAAGAGUACGCUCUUCAAUAGACUCCAGUGCAAAGAACGGAACAAAACAUACAGACUAGGAAGCAGCAGAGGCAAAAAGGGCGGGAAAAAAGACAUCAAGGGCCGGAUAUCUAGCAAGCGUGUCUCUAKGGGGGAUGCCAUUGUUUCAUCGAUCGCGGGCACCACGCGGGAUCGUCGUGAGUGCUGGGGAAGGAUCGGCGGGACGGAGUUCGUUUUGAUGGACACGGCGGGUGUCGAUGGAGAUCGGAUUCAAACCCUGUCUUCCAGGUCCGAAAAACAUGCCAUGGAGCGUGCAAUGAUGGAACAAACCCUAGAGGCGGCGAGGCAGAGUGAUCUCGUAUUGUUGCUGUGGGACGCAAGAGUGGGUGUGACCCAGGACUUGAUGAUAACGGCACGGUGGCUGCGGAAACUAGGCAAACUUUCGAAUGUGGCAGUCGUAGCAAACAAACUAGAGGGGGAUUCUUGGGCACAAAACGAAGAUUCUCCAGUUUUAGAUCAUCUUCACGACGUUUUACGAUUGGGAUUGGGUGAGGCAAUUCCAAUAUCGGCAUUGCAAGGCGAUGGCUUGGCAGAUGUUGCGAUUCUUAUUGAAAAACUCAAGGCCGAGAAACAAGUGGAUACAGAGGCAAUAGAAGACGACAAAUCUCUAGAAAUCAACAAAGACAAUGAAGACGAGAAACCGCUUCAAAUUGCUAUCAUAGGUCGGCAAAAUGUCGGGAAAAGUACCUUGGUUAAUACUCUCGUUGAAAACAAUCGCGUUCUUGCAGGUCCAACGCCUGGUCUCACUCGCGAUGCUAUUGCCGUUGAAUGGGAUUGGGAAGGCAGGCGUGUUCAAUUGGUUGAUACAGCUGGAAUUCGAAAACUAACGAAGCGCAUAGAUGACUCGAUCGAGGAUAUGGCCGUUGCAGAUGCUUUGCGAGCCAUGAAAGUGGCCGAAGUUGCUGUACUCGUACUGGAUGCAGAGGAAAUGUACAUACAAAGACAAGAGCUUGCACUUUGCAAUGCUGUUUUGGACGAGGGUCGAGCGUUGGUCAUAGCUGCCAAUAAGAUGGACCUCCUCGAAAUGUCAAGCGACUAUUCUCCAAGAGAUUUUGCAAUCAACGUGAGGGAACAGAUAGAGGAACGAAUUCCGAUCUUGCGUAACAUACCCGUAGUUCCUAUGAGCGGCCUGUCCGGUAAGGGCGUCUCGGAGCUCUUGCCAACGGUAUUGGACGCUCGAAACCGCUGGUCUAGGACCAUGUCGACAGGAUUGCUCAACCGAUGGCUCGCGGAAGUUACUACAGGGAGUCGUCCACCAGUUGUAGAAGGAGUCAGAGCAAAGCUAAAGUACAUUAUUCAAACCAAGGGACGCCCGCCAACUUUUAUACUUUUUUCGAAUGUGAGCAAGCUUCCAGACCCAUACUUGCGAUAUCUAACGAAACAUUUUCAAGAUUCGUUCCAGUUGUUCGGCAUGCCGGUUCGGUUGGUUGUGAAAAGCAGCUCGAAAGGCAACCCGUACAACGAGAAAAGCAAAAAGAAACGAGGAGGUUUUGGCCUCGGUGGGCGAAAGGCACGCUUUCAACGACGAAUAAAAGAGUUCAAAGCAAAGAGCAGACAGAAACAGAAAAGACUGUUUCACAAUUAGUCGGUUUCUCUUGAUGUUGACCAUUGUGGAAGGAAUUAGAUGAACGGUAGUAAAAAAAGAAAUUUACAAGGUCGCU